UCGAGUGAAAAAAAAACAAAUCAAUUGAAAACUGAAAAAAAAGCUAAAUAGCGAAAUGUGGCAGUGCAAAUAACAACGAAUUAUCCAUUCUCAAGCAAGACAAAGUUCUUUUCAUUUAUUACGUGUGUUUAAUCAGUUUGCAAUCGUGUGUAAAUGUAGCUGCUAACGCUGCUAAACGAAGGCAAGAAGACGACGAAGAAGAAGAAGAAAAUUUUCAUUAAGGAAAGAAAAUCGAAAAAUACAAGGAAGCUUCCUAUUUGCACACAUGAAAUUAGUGGCAGAAAAAAGCCAAAAAAAAGCGAGUUUGUAGUAUAUAGUUAUCGUGAAACUCAAAAAAACAUACAAAUACACAAUUGUGCACAAAAAUAAAUAAUAAAAGGAAGAAAAAAGCCAAGGGAAGAAAAAUGUAUGGGAAUAGUAAAAUGAAUAAUGGGUUUGGAUAUCCCUCAACAUUCAGAUCAAGCGGAGCUCGUCUUUGGGGAAUGUCUCAUUCGUUGCCCAGCGGAAUUUCAAAUUACGCAUCUGCCCCCUUACAUUACAACAACAAAUAUAAUCCGCGUUAUAAUCAUCAGGAUAACGAUUUCACCUAUACACGAGCACGCAUGUUUGAUCUUCCGUCAAGUAGUACAUUCGGGCCCGGAGGAAAUUUCAAUUCAGGUAUGGGAAGCGGAGGAAGUGCAAAUCAUAAUGCGUCACAUCAUCACAAUCCUCAUAAUCGACCGCAUUCAACCACGAUGCUUGGACAUCCAUCGUCAUCAAGUACGUCAUCGCUUGCUGGCGCAUUAGCAUGUAGUAGUCAACAAACAAAUUUGAUCAUCAAUUAUCUACCGCAAGACAUGACAGAACGAGAACUUUUCUCGAUAUUUACAACAAUGGGACCCAUUGAAAGUUGUAAAAUUAUGCGAGAUCUAAAGACUGGCUACAGUUUUGGUUUUGGUUUUAUAAACUAUGUAAACGAAGAAUCAGCACUUCGUGCAAUCAAGUGUCUCAAUGGUUACACAGUCCGCAAUAAACGGAUAAAGGUUUCAUUUGCUCGACCUCCUGGCGAAGAAAUAAAAGAAACAAACCUCUAUAUAACAAAUCUUCCACGCAACAUUACCGAAGAAUGGUUAGAAACGAUUUUCGGUAAAUAUGGUUCGAUAGUGCAAAAGAACAUUUUGCGAGAUAAACUUAGCGGCAGUCCCCGAGGCGUAGCUUUUGUUCGAUACAACAAACGAGAAGAGGCACAGGAGGCUAUUUCAGCGUUGCAUAACGUUAUUCCGCAAGGCGGCAAUCAACCGUUACAAGUUCGCAUUGCCGAAGAGCAUGGGCGUGCAAAAGCAGCCCUUUAUCUACCAGCAUACAAUCAAGGCGUUCACAAUCGAGGUAGAUUUAGAAAACGCCCUUAUUAAAACAACAAAAA